AUGGUAAUAGUAACGAAAAAUUUGCAUCAAUCAAUGGAGUCUUCCAAAGAGACAGGCUGUGAAGCCCGUGAGGGCCCGAUCCUCUGCAUCAACAACUGUGGCUUCUUCGGGAGUGCAGCUACCAUGAACAUGUGCUCCAAGUGCCACAAAGACUCGAUACUCAAACAGCAGCAGGCCCAGCUGGCCCAAACUUCCAUAGACACCAUCAUGAAUGGUGGUGGCUCGACAAGUGUCAUUCAGAAAGAGCCCGUUUUUGCCGACCCAUCAAAUGUGGAAAAGCCCGAACCAAAAACUGAAAUUGGCCAACCUUCGUCCGGUCUGGAUUUGGGAGAAAAUCUAGAGGCGAAGGCAAAGGAGGGCCCAAACAGGUGCGCCAGCUGUCGCAAGCGUGUUGGUUUGACCGGGUUCAACUGCAAGUGUGGGUUCCUCUACUGCUCGGCCCACCGUUACGCGGACAAGCAUGAGUGCACGUUUGACUACCGGGCCGCGGGCCGCGAUGCCAUAGCGAAGGCGAACCCGAUCAUAAAAGCCGACAAGCUCGAUAAGAUUUAGAGAAAAAACUUGUGGGGUUUUGAAAAGUUGCUGGUCCAAUUUAUGAUGCUUUUUCAUUUUCCUUUUUUUUUUUUUCUUAUUUUUCCUUUGUCUGAAUUCGGGUUGUGGUCGGGCAAGAGUAAGGAGGCAAUUUCUCGUGUUUUUUAUGAACUCCGGGGGAUGGUCGGUUGUUGGUUUUUAUGGUUUGACUCGUGUUUGCUCCAGUGUGUAAGUUUGGUGGUUUGCUGGCUCGAUUAUAUAUUAUGGAAAGUGUCAGAUGUUUUUUCUUCAUUGGCCAUGUUUUUGCCUGUGUUUCUGCUUAAGAUUGAGGUGAUGACAGAUAUUUGAUAAAUUAUGAUUAGGUGAUUCGAGUUAACUAAACAUAUCCUGUUAUGAAUACGGGAACUUGAAACAAGUUUAC